CCGAGAGGGCCUGCGGCGGAAGGGCCCGGCGGCGGCGCCGUAGCCAUGGCAACCGCGCAGCGCAGGCUGCGGUGGAGCGGGGUGGGCUGAAGCCGCCGCUUGGUCCCGGCCCUGGGAGGAGAUCGGCUCCGCCGGCUGAGAGCUACUGGAACCGGCCUUUCGUGCGUGGUUGCAAAGGUCUCUGCCUGCGUUACCUGAAGAUACAAAACCUCUUUCACGCGGAUCCGCGUGGCUGCUUCUCAACGUCUGUAUUUCUCGUCUAAGGAUCCCUUUGCUGCUUCAGAGGUGGAGGCCCACUCUUCUGAUCAUCAGUCACCCUUCAAAAAGCCAUUUUGGUUCAGUUUGAAACAUCAUUUCUCAUUUUAGGGUAUUGAAAGUGACUCUCGAGUGACUUCUUGCUUUUCUCCCCAACUCAUAGAACUAUUUAAAAGCAAAAGGUAUAACAGCUGUAGUUAAUUUCGAGUAUUGAGAAAAUUACUGCAAAUUGGAACUCUUUCCUAUGUGGUUUUUAACAAAGAAGGAAGACUUCGAGUCAGCUUCAAAGUAGCUUUUGAAGAUUAAAGCAAUUUUUCUUGAUUUGGAGACAUAUGUUAAUUUUUGGAGUACAAUUUCUUCCUUACUGCAAUCUGUAGAGUAGUUGGAGAAGAAGAGAACCUUCACAUUUGAUAUAUUUUCCCUUAUUUAAAACCAAAAGAAAAAUAACACAUGCAUUCAGUGUUGUACGCUAAGCCGGGAAAGAGGAUCUGCAGCAGAUCUGGAUCUUCAAGUAUCCUCUAAUAUUUCACCUGACUGGAAAAGGGGACGGAGCCAAGGGCAGGGCUGACGCUGAGGAGUUCUCAAGAGCGUUUUGGGUACGGACAAAUGCAAUAAGGCAGAAAAAGAGAAGUUGUCGCUAAAAAUUGGCUUCUCCCCGAAGUCACACCUGGAGCUUUCACAGGAACUGCCAGACCAUACAAAGUUAAAAGCCUGGUGGUUAGAGCAGCAAAGGGUUUGUGAGCUUUGAGGUUCCUGAGGACACCUCUGAUAAAGCUGACCACGCUGCAGCCAGCACCAAGAGCUGUAAUGACUUACAUUGCAAAGAAGUGCGGCGUCUGCUUUCAGCCUCCAUCCAUUGUCCUGAUCUACAAAGACGGCAGCGAGGAUAAGACUCGCCAGCGCAUCAUGCCUGUCCGAAAUUUCUCCCGGUUCUCAGACUGCAGCUUGGCUGCUGAGCAGCUGAAGAAUAACCCUCGGCACAAGGCUUACCUAGAAGGAGUCUCACUGCAUCAGCUACAGAAGCUGUACAGUUUGCUGAAAGGUCACCUGGGAGGAGAGAGCCUGGCUGAGAGCUUGGAAAAGUUUCAGCGGGAGGAGACCAUUGAUCCAGAAGAGGAUAUGAACAAACUAGAUGACAAGGAACUAGCCAAAAGGAAGAGCAUCAUGGACGAGCUCUUUGAAAAGAACAGGAAGAAGAAGGAUGACCCAGAUUUCAUCUAUGACAUUGAGGUUGAGUUUCCACAGGAUGAGCAGCUGGAGUCCUGUGGCUGGGACGUGGAGUCGGAUGAAGAAAUCUGAUUCUGGACAAAGGUGCCUUGGAUGGGCAGUUCAGAGACAAAUCUCACAGUCCCAACAGCGAGAAUGAUGUCAGCGUACGUAUCUCACUGCAUCGUUUUCAGUUCACGCCGCCGAUGCACGUUACAUUGGUACGGAGAACCCAAGGCGUAAGAUGCUACAGCAAUUCCAGGUUUAAUGAACUUUGUUUAAGAAGCCAGACUAGAUGAAAUGGAAAUUGGGCAGCUGAACUUACUGGGUGUUUUUAGUCUUUGCCUAUGUAUGAGUGCCUAAAGUAAUUUAAAAUUAUUUACUCUCACUUGUUUACAUUUCAGUCAGCUUUGGCUGAAAACCUCACCAGCUUGCCUUGCUGUGGUUUCUCUUCAGCUUCCUCUGAAAAUGAAGUGUUAAAUAUUUAUGUCCUGAAAGUAGUGUUAAAGCUUUAUUUUAUGCAUAUGGCAUUUAUUGUUAUUUCUCAGAAUGUUAAAUAUAUAUUAGUCUCUCUGGAUAAAUCAACGUUGCAUUGAGAAUAUUACCCUGGCGUUUCCUGAACAAUGCUUAAUUCACUAGCUUCAGCUUACACAAAUAUAAAUCCUUAUAUUUAAGAAACAGAAUACCUAGAAAGUAAAUCUUGAAAAUACUUUUGAAAAUACAGUAAUUUCAAGCUAA